UGUUUCACUAACUGAAAGAAGUGGAACUCAACAAAUAGCUCUAGAUAUGCAACCGUCUCUCCAUUUUGUGUUGCUGUACUUGGUAAUCCAACUAGUCAUGUACCUGACAAGAUCUCCAAAAUCAGUCUGUAAAAUUGAAACGUCUAACCAUCUGCGGGGCAGGCAAAUCAUUCAAUACUGAAUUUUGUAAAGGCAUCGAAAUUCAUUAUGGUGUGGAUCGUGUUAUCUUGAGUCCCUACCUUUUGGGGGUUCACUUGGAUGAGUGGUGGACCUUUGUCUUUGUUUUUGAGUUUUCUCUUGAACCUCUUGUUAUCUGAUGCCUAGCUAUCCUCAUAAGCCGUUGCAUUUAUUCUAUGUAAUUAAUAUGUAUUCUUCAUGUGGAUGUAUUGACUGUCAAAAACUGCUAACUGUUAGGUAUAGAAUGGAAGAUCUAUUUAGUUGAAAGAACAUCUGAGGUACUGUAAAGUCUCUGUGAUUUAUCGUGUUAGAUUUGGUGAGAGAUUACAAGGCUGUCAAUAUUAGGCUUCUCUAAACACGUAGGAUCCACCACCUUAAAGCUAAAGGACCCCCCAUCCCCACCCCCACCCCCAACAAAACACAAAACCUCUGCACUGUUCCCUUGUGAUUCCAUGAAAAGCCAAUAUUAUAAAGGAGUGCAUAAAGAACCUACAGAAAACAAAACUUCUUCAAUCAGAAUUUCAUCUUUUUGACAUAAGCCUCCCUUCUGAUAUUUUGACACCUUUGUGUAUGUUGCUUACCUGCUUUCCAUGAAUCCUUUUGAUCGAUACCUUUGAAGAUACUAAUACAUACAACUCCUCUCGAACUAUAGUUUCUUAUAGUUCAAAAUUUCUUUAACUCUCCAGAAGUAAAAAUCAUAUUUGUUUCCAUGUCAGCCGAUGAUAAUGCAACCGGUCUUCGUGUUGCAUCAUUUUCCUGUUACCUCAGCAACCCUGAGGAGAGCUUUGUACACAAACUUCAUGGGGUUGCAGUUGAGCCUGCUUUUAGUUCACCCCCCGAGACACCAUUUUCUGUUACUAAAGUAAACGCUGCCAAGGUAGCUACUGCAAAGCCAUCCUUAAACAGCACCAGAGAUAACCCUGCCAAUCUUCGUGUGGAGUCUUUCUCUUCUUAUCUCAAAACCGGGGAAGACAACUUUGCGUUUAAGGCUUCAGGAGCUCCAGUUCGAGAUCCCACUAUUUCUUUUGUAUUUCCUCAACAGCCUCCGUUUCAUAAUGCAAAGCAACUGGAACAAAUCAAGUCCAAAGACGGGGAGAUUAGCAUAUUUGGUGCUGACAAGUACUUCAACAUGCAACUGGAUUAUGGAGCUGCCUCUCCAGCUGGGGUGAGGUACAGGGGGAGACUAAAUGAAGGAACAGUAGAUGUGCCCCAUGUGAAGCAGAAUUCCCAGUCAGGAACUCCUACCAUUUGUUCUGAGUCAAGCAGCUGGAAUAGCCAAAAUGUCCUGUUACAGAAUCUUCGGCGAAAUGUAGUGUAUCCGACAAAGCAGAAGAAGAUGACAAGAAUGAGAUUUUUGCCUACUUUCAGCUGUCAAGGCCCUUGUUUGGACAAGAAAGCAGUCUAUGUGAAUGAGAGUAUAGGACUUGGAUUUUCCCAGCCAGGAUCAAAGCAUGGAUUAAGAAGUCCUUUUGCCUUGAGUUCUGGCUCUUGUGGAACAGAGGUUCAAACACACUGGGAUGAUCAUAAUCUAAGCAUUGAAGACCAAAGAAAGUCACUGGAAGUGUUUGGGUCUGGCAAAAUGGGAAAAGGAGAUAUAGCAGUGAACUUAGAGAGGAAACUAUCUAUGUUAACCUGGGACGCCAUUCCCAAGGUCCAAAACCUCCCUACAACCACCAAUGGAAGCAGCACGGUCUGUGAUGACAUGGCUAGUGAUGCUAGCUCUGAUUUAUUCGAAAUUGAGAAUAUAUCCAGCAGUGAAUAUGGACUUGUGAAUACACAAACAUUAGGUGAUUAUAGCAGCUGCAUGUCUCCAACAACUCAGUAUGAUGCACCAAGUGAGGCCAGCAUUGAGUGGAGCGUUGUCACAGCCAGUGCUGCUGAUUACUUGUCGGUUAUCUCAGAUUAUGAUGAGAAGAACUUUGGCUUUGGUGGUUACACAUAUUCAGGAAACACAGCCAAGAAAACCACCAAAACCAAGAACCCUGCAGGCAAAGAGGUGCAAAAAACUUACCCUAGUACUGGGCUUUUAGGUUGCAAGACCCAAAAAGCAGUAAAUGUGGCUGAAACUGUGCAUAAGGCAAAACAAAGAUGAAUUUUCCUCUUU